UUAUUUUUAUUUAUUUAUUGCUUGUCACGUGACUUUGACUGCGUAGUUGGCAACCCCUGCAACUUAACCUUACUUCACCUUGUUUUUAUUUGUGACGUUUUUAGAGCUGAAAUGUGAUAGUGAAAAAUCGGAAUGAAACUCAAGUAGAGGCAUUUUUACUUAUCACUGCAUUUUAUUCCAAUUAAGGCACAAUGUCCCUGCUAAGUCGCCACUUGACUAGUUGUAUUAGGUUGCACAAAUGGACGAUACAGAGGCGUUUGCAACAAACCAAACCCAGGCUGGCGGUAGCCGGAGACGUUGUACCGAUUUUCAGCAACGUCUCCCAGUUUCCGGACAAGGUAGCAAUAAAAGACACUGUAGGUAGUUACACAUAUGCCAAUUUGUUCGUAAGCGCGAAAGAACUAGCAGCUACGAUUAGUCAGCAGUUGGAGCACAAAACCAACCAACGGGUGAUGUUCCUCAGCUCCAAUAACGCCGACUACGUCGUUACGUUAUGGGCGAUAUGGAUGUCUGGACAAAUUGCGGUCCCCCUCAGCCCCCUGCACCCCAAAAACAUCCUCCUCUACUACGCCAACGACACCAACGCCAGUCUCCUAAUCACCACCCCCAAAUAUUCCGAACUGAUGCAUCGCGUUUCCAAAAACACAAACAUAAAACUUCACGUACUUGACGAAAAAAUGCGUCUGAAAACAACUGAAAAGGUCGCAAAAGAGAAAGCCGACCUUGAGGCACCCCUUUCCGUGAGCUUUUAUAGCAACAGCAAAGCCCUUAUUCUGUACACAAGCGGCACCACUGGUAACCCAAAAGGGGUGGUCCUCACCCAUAAAAACAUCAUUUUUCAAGUGAACACCCUCCUGGAUGCGUGGAAAUGGGUUCCUAAUGACGUCAUCCUCCACACUCUCCCGUUGCACCAUGUCCACGGUAUCGUAAACGCGCUGUUAUGUCCGUUAUACAUAGGUGCCAGAACCAUGAUGCUUCCAAAGUUUGAUGCCAACACUGUAUGGUCGCACCUUCUGGGUGUCAAUACCCCUUCUGGGGACCGCAGAAUCACGGUAUACAUGGCUGUGCCAACAAUAUACUCAAAAUUGAUUGAAGAGUACAAGAGAGUGUUUGGGGCUGACCCCAAAAUGGUCGAGUACAUCAGAAACACGCUUAAGAAUAAAGUAAGGUUGAUGGUUAGCGGGUCGGCGCCGCUUCCAGGACCCAUAUACGACAAAUGGUUGGAUAUUUCUGGUCACAGGUUGCUGGAGAGGUACGGGAUGACGGAAACCGGGAUGUGUUUGUCCAACUUGUACGAUUCCGAUAGAGAACCAGGGUAUGUGGGUUUACCUUUACCUGGAGUGUCCGUCAGGUUGGUGGAUAAGCCAGAGGGCACCACUGAACAAAAUGUUGUUCUUGAAGUGAGCAACAAAGGGGGUGAGGUCGUGUACGAGAGCAACGAUGCUUUUUUAAAGAAUCAGGAAGAAUUAAAUGGAGAGUUGUUGGUGAAGAGCGACGGCGUCUUCAAGGAGUAUUAUAACAGGCCAGAGGCGACGAAAAAGGAGUUUACUGAGGAUGGCUGGUUCCAGACGGGAGACAUGUGUUCAUUUUCCAUAGGGAAAAAUAAGUUUAAAAUGCUCGGCCGAAAAAGUGCGGAUAUUAUAAAGUCGGGGGGGUACAAAGUCAGCGCCAUAGCGAUCGAGACGAUCUUAUUGGGCCACCCGGAUAUUAGAGAAUGCGUAGUUGUAGGGGUGGAUGACCCCGAGUGGGGACAGAAGGUCGUUGCUGUCGUCGUUUUUAGGGAUAGUAAGAGUCUUACCAUUGAUAAUUUGAGAGAGUAUGCUGCGGAUAAGCUACCAAGGUACUCUUUACCGACUGUCUUAAAAGAAGUGACUGAGAUACCCAAGAAUGCGAUGGGGAAAGUUAACAAAAGACAGCUGGUGGAAAGUAUUUUCGGAAAGUGAACGACUGAAUUUUUAAUAUUUUUAAUUCCAAGUAUUAUAUAUUUUUUGCGAUAUUACGGUUUAUUGUCACGUGUAUGGUUAUCUGUAUUGGAGAAUUCAAUAAAUGUAUAAAUACCA